AUGGCUACGAAAAACUCUGCUGUCUUCCUCCUCGGGCUUCUCUCUUGCGUUGCCAUGAGCAGCGCGGCGAGAAUUCUAGAAGAGACCAUUUCUUCCAAGGAGGAGCACCAGCCCGAGGUGCCAUCGCUUCCCAAAGUAGAACUGCCACCGUUCCCGGAAGUGCAUCUGCCACCUAAGCCUGAGCUUCCCAAGGUGGAGCUGCCGCCGCUCCCGGAGGUGCACUUGCCAUCUAAGCCUGAGUUGCCCACUGUUCCCGGGUUCCACCUCCCGGAGCCGGAGGUUGAGCUGCCACCAUUCCCGGAGGUACAUCUGCCACCGAAGCCCGAGCUGCCCAAGGUAGAGCUGCGGUCGUUCCCUGAGGUGCACCUGCCAUCAAAGCCCGAGCUGCCAACGUUCCCGGAGGUGCACCUUCCAGCCAAGCCGGAGCUGCCUAAGGUGGAGCUGCCGCCAAAGCCAGAGAUGCCCACCAUCCCGGAGUUCCACUUCGCGGAGCCGGAGGCUAAGCCAUGA